AAAAGGGGAAUUAACAACGGCAGCAAGACAGGCAUCAUCGUUGUAACAGCUGCAGUGCCAAGCCAAACUCCUGCUCUUCACCAAGAGAUCCUGCACUCAAUCGAUCGACGCCGAGGGAAUCAAAAGCAGUAGCAGCUAUGGAGGUGGAAUUGAAAGGGAUGUUAACCGAUCUCCAAAAUCUCAAGACUUCAUUGUCGGAUCCAUCUCAUCAAGCUUCCAUUGAUCAAAUUCGAUUGCGAGUAGAGAAUCUCACCAGUCUUGCAAUGGCUGGAUCAACUCGCCGAUCAAAAGUCAAGGAUAUGAGUGCAGAGGUUGUAGACAGCAACCCUUAUAGCAGGCUCAUGGCACUGCAGCGGAUGGGUAUUGUGGACAAUUACGAAAGAAUACGAGAUUUUUCAGUUGCCAUAGUUGGUAUUGGUGGGGUAGGGAGUGUUGCUGCUGAAAUGCUUACAAGAUGUGGUAUAGGUCGUCUUUUGUUGUAUGAUUAUGACACAGUGGAAUUAGCCAACAUGAAUAGGCUAUUUUUCCGACCUGAACAGGUUGGUAUGACUAAGACUGAUGCUGCUGUUCAAACUUUAUCAGAAAUAAAUCCGGAUGUGGUUCUUGAGAGUUUUACCAUGAACAUAACAACAGUUCAAGGUUUUGAAACUUUUGUUUCAAGUCUCAAAAACAAAUCUUUUCGCCAAGAUAAACAAGGCACUGGAGUUGAUCUUGUUUUGAGCUGUGUAGAUAAUUAUGAAGCAAGGAUGGUUGUAAAUCAGGCUUGCAAUGAACUGAAUCAGACUUGGAUGGAAUCUGGUGUGUCUGAGGAUGCUGUUUCAGGUCACAUACAGUUACUGAUACCUGGAGAAACUGCUUGUUUUGCAUGUGCUCCUCCUUUGGUUGUAGCAUCUGGGGUGGAUGAGCGAACACUUAAGCGUGAAGGAGUGUGUGCUGCAUCUUUGCCUACUACUAUGGGGGUUGUUGCUGGGCUAUUAGUCCAGAACACACUCAAGUUCUUGUUGAAAUUCGGACAGGUCUCACCCUACUUGGGAUACAAUGCUCUAAAAGAUUACUUCCCAACAAUGUCAAUGAAGCCAAAUCCUCAAUGUUCAAAUGGACCUUGCCUAGAGCGACAGAAAGAAUACAUGGUUGUGAAGCCUGCAAGGGAUGCAGCUGCUAAAGCAAAGAUGGAGGAAGAAUUAUCAACAAUAGAAAUCCCAAUCCAUGCAGAGAAUGAAUGGAAUAUAAGUGUUGUUGAUGAUUGCGAGGUUGAUGUUGUAAAUGCACAAACUUCAGAUGUGCUUCCGGAAGGUCUUACCCGGGAGCUUCCGGAUGCAGAUGUGUAUCAGCAGCCAACGGUCUCAAAAGAAAGUGUGGAGACUGUUGAUGAUCUUGAAGAUCUCAAAAGACAACUCGAGGCUCUUCAUGCUGACUAGUUUUCUGAUUUUAGUAUACAAAAUUGACUGAUAAAAACAACAAUUUUGGCUUAUUCCUACUUUUCGUUUUCAUAUUUUAGACUUGUUUUUAAUUUUAUAAAAACUUAAUACUCUUUUCUUUA